AUGUACAAAAUCGUUCUGAUCUGCGCUCUGCUUGGUAUGGCCGCCGCCGGCGUCAGCCGUUCGUCCCCAGUAAGUGGCGAAGAUGCGCAUGCCGAGAUCCUGAAAUUGGUGUCCGACGUGCGCCCCGAUGGCUUCGAAUCCAACCUAGAUACAUCGAACGGCAUUAGCCAGGUUGCCAGUGGCGAUGUACAUGGAAACAUUCAUGGACAAUUCAGCUGGGUCUCGCCCGAGGGGGAACACGUUCAGGUUUCAUACGUAGCCGAUGAGAAUGGCUAUCAGCCCCAGAGCAAUUUGCUGCCCACACCCCCACCAGUCCCAGAGGAAAUUGUUCGGGCUCUUGCCUGGAUCGCGGCGCAUCCCUACCAGGAGCCCCAACAUGGCCAAGGCCAUCAUUAA